UAAGAUACUGCGUAUUAUAUAAACUCCAGAAUAUAACUUGACUUUUUAUCUCUAGCGCGAAAUAAUUUAGUAGACACCAAAGAAGAUUAGUUGUGAGCAUUCUUCAACGUUCAAAUUGCAUGAGGUUUGGUAGUUUUCGUAAAAAUUGUAAAUUACACCGCGAGUUCAAAAGAGGCUACAGUUCAGUAGCUGUCUUCGACACGUAUUCUUCUCCUUUUCAAGAUGGAACAAUUGACGCCAAUCAAGUCUACAAAAUGGGACAGUCAUGAUUUUCUGACCAAUGGCCAUGCCAAGGACAUAUUGGAGGCAGUCAACAGACUCCGAAAAGAAAACAAACUUUGCGAUGUUAUUCUCCAAGUCGAAAACAAAGAAUUCCCAGCACAUAGAAUCGUGUUAUCKGCAUGCAGUGAUUAUUUCUGUGCAAUGUUUACCAGCGAUAUGGCAGAAAGUCAAAACCGUGUUGUAAAACUGAAGGGUUURACACCAGAAACUAUGGAUGUGUUGUUAGACUUUGUAUAUACGGAGACUGUUAAAGUUAGUGUUGAAAAUGUUCAGGCUUUGCUUCCUGCUGCUUGUCUGUUGCAACUUACAGGUGUCCAGAAAGCAUGCUGUGAAUUCCUUGAACAUCAACUUGACCCAUCAAACUGUCUUGGUAUCAANAACUUUGCUGAAACUCAUGGAUGCGAAGAGCUCAAAACAGCUGCAGAAUCUUUCAUACACAAACAUUUUACAGAGAUUGUCAAAAGUGAGGAGUUUAUGACUCUUGAUGCUGAAGAAGUGACAAACUUAAUACAAAGUGACAAUCUUACUGUCCCUACUGAGGAGACUGUUUUUGAAGCUGUUCUAAACUGGAUCAAACAUGAAGAAGACUUAAGGAUGGACAACUUGCCAGACAUGCUGGAAAAAGUGCGCUUACCUCUGCUAACCCCACGAUACUUAACAGAUUGUGUAGAUAAUGAGAAACUUAUAAAGCAGAGCCAUGAGUGUCGUGAYUUGGUUGAUGAAGCAAAGAAAUAUCACCUAAGACCAGAAUGCCGUCAUGCACUACAAUCACCUCGUACUAAGGCAAGACAUGGCAUGGCAGACGUCAUGUAUGUCCUUGGAGGGUUUGGAAAUAUGCAAUCACCUGUCGACGUGGUAGAGAAAUAUGACCCAAAAACUGGCCAAUGGUCAACAAUACAGCCAAUGGGAAGAAAGCGUCGUUAUCUAUGUUCAGUCUCUCUCGGUAAUAAACUAUUUGCGCUUGGUGGUUAUGACGCGUCAAGUCGAUUAAAUACGGUSGAAUGUUAUGACCCUAUUGUAUCACAGUGGAUUACAGUUACUCCUAUGUUACAGAAACGAGGUUUAGCUGGUGCAGCUACCUUAGAUGGCAAGAUUUAUGUAUCUGGAGGAUUCGAUGGCACAGUCCGUCAUACUAGUGUAGAAUGUUACGAUCCAAACAUUGACCGAUGGACGCUAGCAAGCAACAUGCUUUCGCCUCGAGAAGGAGCAGGAUUGACAAACAUGGACGGCAUCCUGUACUCUGUGGGUGGAUAUGAUGGUGAUAGUAUACUCAAUACAGUGGAACGGUAUGACCCUAGGACAGGGCGAUGGACGGCAGUCGCACCCAUGGGGACUCAAAGAUCAGGAGCGGGUGUGGCGAUAUUAGAUGGGCAACUAUAUGCAUUAGGAGGAUAUGAUGGCACCCAACAUUUAUCGACAGCAGAAUGCUACAGUCCGUGCACAGAUCAGUGGGUCUCAGCCGCUGACAUGCAGUCUAAGCGAUGCUAUGUUGGAGCUAUUUUAUUAAGUGGGAAACUUUAUGCAAUAGGAGGAUACGAUGGGAUGACAUUAUUGGACUCUGUCGAGUGUUACGAUGCCGCGGCCGAUGAAUGGACAAUCGUGUCRUCAAUGGGGACUAGUAGAUGUGAUAUGGGKGUCUCKGUWUUGACAGAGCACUAGAAAUCGUAUGAAUACAAUGUUGRAUGCAUGGUUUUGUUUUAUUCUAUCGAGUGYUACGAUGCAGMGACUGAUGAAUGGCSUGUCAUCAAURGGAACUUGUACAUCUGAUUGGRYGUGUUUUUGGCAGAGCACUGAACAUCUCARGACUAAAAUGUUAUAUUGCGUUGGGAUGGCUUU